ACAACUCCAACUACUACAGCAACUACUCCAACUGCCACUACCACAACCCCAACUACCACUACCACAACUCCAACUACCACAACAACUACUCCAACUACCACAACAACUAUUCCAACUACCACAACCACAACCACAACUCCAACUACCACAACAACUACUCCAACUACCACAACAACUAUUCCAACUACCACAACCACAACUCCAACUACCACUACAUCAACUCCAACUACCACAACAACUAUUCCAACUACCACUACCCCAACCCCAACUACCACAACACCUACUCCAACUACAACUACUCCAACUACCACAACAACUACUCCAACUACCACAACAACUACUCCAACUACCACUACCACAACCCCAACUACAACUACCACAACUCCAACUACCACAACAACUACUCCAACUACCACUACAACUACUCCAACUACCACAACACCUACUCCAACUACCACUACCACAACCCCAACUACCACAACUCCAACUACCACAACAACUACUACCACCACCACAACAACUACUCCAACAACCACAACAACCACUCCAACUACAACAACAACUACUACAACUACCACAACAACUACUCCAACUACCACUACCACAACUCCAACGACCACAACUCCAACUACUUCAACUAUUCCAACUACCACAACCACAACUGCAACUACCACAACCCCAACUACCACAACUCCAACUACCACUACCACAACUCCAACGACCACAACAACUACUCCAACGACCACAACCACAACUCCCACGACCACAACAACUACUCCAAUGACUACAACCACAACUCCAACUACCACAACAACUACUCCAACUACAACUACUCCAACUACUACAACAACUACUCCAACUACCACAACCACAACUCCAACUACCACUACCACAACUACAACUACCACAACAACUACUCCAAUGACCACAACAACUACUCCAACUACAACAACCACUCCAACUACCACGACCACAACUCCAACGACCACAACCACAACUCCAACAACCACA